AUGCAACGCGAUGGUUCCGCUCGAUUGUCGCAACGUCGUACAUUGCCCUCGAAGAGUAGCUCAAGUAGCACGGCAUCGCGCCUCGAUCCGCUGUCGCUUGGUGUUGUUGCCAGUGAUAAUCGGCAAGCUGUUGUGAUCGAAAUUGGCAACGCGUUAACAAAGUUUGUUCAUGCGCUUCUGUAUUUCCGUCGCGUUUUUUCUUAUCAUUGA